AUGGCAUCAUUGCCUGUUCAUGCAAUAAUUUCACUUGUAUUACAUCUUUUAUUAAUACUUGGUGGUGAAUUUUAUGAUAAAGAUUUAGCUGGUGAGGGUCCUUUAUAUACUGAUAUUGAUUAUCGUGUUGUAACUGAUGCUUCAAAUCAUAUUUUACAAAAUGAAAGUCCAUAUCGUCGAACAACAUAUCGUUAUACACCAUUACUUGCAUAUUUAUUAACACCAAAUUUAUUUCUUGAUGAAAAUUGGGGAAAAUUAAUAUUUUCAAUUUGUGAUGUUUUUGUUGGUUUAUUAAUCGGUUGGAUAUUACCUAUUCAACAACGAAAAUAUGCAUUACUUUGGUUUUAUAAUCCAAUGUCUGCUGUUAUUGCUACACGUGGAAGUUAUGAAUCUAUUGUAGCUGUUACUGUACUUGCAACACUUUAUAAUGCUAAACAAACAAAUGAACGAACAUGGAUUACAGGAAUACUUCUUGCUUUAGCGACACAUUUUAAAAUCUAUCCAAUAAUCUAUUCACUUGCAUUAUAUUUUCAUAUAGAACAUAGUUCAUCAUUAAAAUUAACAUAUCGUCGUUUUCAACUUGUUAUUUCUUUUAUAUUAACAACAUUAAUUCUUAAUGGAAUUUUUUAUUAUUAUUAUGGUUAUGAAUAUUUACAUGAAACAUAUCUCUAUCAUAUAAUACGUCGUGAUGCACGACAUAAUUUUUCUCCAUAUUUUUAUAUAACAUAUCUCAAACCAAAACAUCAUCUUCUUUCAUUUAUUACAUUUAUACCACAAUUAUUUAAUACAUUAAUAUUUUCCUAUCGUUUAUAUGAUAAACUUGAACUUUGUUUAUUUGCAUUAACAUUUUCAUUUGUUACGUUUAAUAAAGUAACAACAUCACAAUAUUUUCUGUGGUAUUUAAUAUUUAUACCUAUACUUCUUCCAAAUAUUCAUUUAAAAUGGAAAACAUUAUGUCUAUUACUUGUUGCUUGGUUAACUGCACAAGGUUGGUGGCUUUAUGAAGCAUAUAAAUUAGAAUUUCAAGCUAAAAAUACGUUUGUUCAAAUAUGGUUAGCAUCAAUUGUAUUUGGUUUUGUUAAUGUGAUCAUUUUAUGUAUGAUUAUAUAUAAUUAUCGUCAAAUAGAAGCUCAACCAAUUUCAGAAGAAAAAAAGAAAAAUUGA